AUGUCCACUUUUACGAAUGACGCCUUUGAAUCGCAUCUUCCAUUUGAGGAAAUCUCCGUCUGUGACGCAAAGGACCAUGGCUACAAUGCCUGGGACCACUUGUUUACCCGUGAGUUCAGGUUCGACAAAGGCGUUACGCCCCGGCACUCUAUCAUCGCUGGUAGAAUCGUUAAGACGUUUGUCAAUGGCGGUACACACCACUCGGAACCGCUCUUCGCAACGCUUGUGGAUCCCCUCGGAGCAAAUAACGGCGGGGAGGGCACUGGAAAGGGCUAUAACACCGCCAAAGAUACCAGGGCGAUGAUGUUCAUUGACCCAGACAAGGAGGAUAGUGGACUGAUGACUCUGCUGCUGCUGGUUAUGCAGGAGGCCUCGACAAAAUCUGUCUAA